AUGUUUCGACAAACUGCGCGGCGCUUAGCCGUUGCGGCGGCCAAAGCUGCCGAGCCCAGCGCUUAUACUCUGGCCGUGUCCAAGGCGCAGGGCGUGGCACGAGGCCUGACUGGAGCCAUUGGCAACACGCCCCUCAUCCGCCUCAACCGCCUCUCUGAGGAAACCGGCUGCGAGAUCCUGGGCAAGGCCGAGUUCAUGAACCCGGGCGGCUCCGUCAAGGACCGCGCGGCGCUCUACGUCGUCAAAGAUGCCGAGGAGCGCGGCCUGCUCAAGCCCGGCGGCACCGUCGUCGAGGGCACGGCCGGCAACACGGGCAUCGGCCUGGCGCACGUCUGCCGGUCGCGCGGCUACAAGCUGGUGAUUUACAUGCCCAACACGCAGUCGCAGGGCAAGAUUGACCUGCUGCGGCUGCUGGGCGCCGAGGUGUAUCCCGUGCCGGCGGUGGCGUUUGACAACCCGGACAACUACAAUCACCAGGCGAGGCGCCAUGCCGAGGCGCUGGACAAUGCCGUGUGGACGAACCAGUUUGACAACACGGCCAAUCGGCGGGCGCACAUCGAGACGACGGGCCCGGAGAUUUGGACGCAGACGGGCGGUAAAGUGGAUGCGUUUACGUGCGCGACGGGCACGGCGGGCACGUUGGCGGGCACGACGCGAUAUCUCAAGGAUGUCUCGGGUGGGCGCGUCAAGAGCUUCCUCGCCGAUCCGCCGGGCAGCGUGCUGCACUCGUACAUUUCGUCGGGCGGCAAGCUGGUCGAGCGGACGGGCUCCAGCAUCACCGAGGGCAUUGGCCAGGGCCGCGUGACGGACAACCUGGCGCCGGACAUUGACCUGCUGGACGGGUCGCUGCACAUCUCGGACGAGAAGAGCAUCGAGAUGGUGUACCGGUGCCUGGACGAGGAAGGGCUGUACCUGGGCGCGAGCUCGUCGCUGAAUGUCGUGGCGGCCAAGGAGGUGGCGGAGAAGCUGGGACGGGGUCAUGUCGUGGUGACGAUGCUAUGCGAUGGGGCGUAUAGAUAUGCCGAUCGGUUGUUUUCGCGGAAGUGGCUGGAGGGGAAGAAGCUUUUGGGGGCUGUGCCGAAGCAUUUAGAAAAGUACAUUGUGCUGCCUUGAAGCGCUGCUUUUGAUAUGUUAUAUUAUACACGUAUAUAUAUAUAUAUAUAUAUAGGAUGAUACAUAUAGACUUUCAUCUUUUUUUC